AUGACAAUGUACAUUGACGGAGCUCAACAACAACCAUCAUCCGGGGAGAACUCAGACUGGAGGGAAGAGAAGAUCUUCAAAAUAUCAGACUCUUUCAAGACGAUAGCUAUACAUUGCUAUGACAGGUAUUCUGAGGAAGGUAUUUUAGCUUCAGUAGAAGAGGAAGGAGGAGAAGAAAUCUUGGUAACGGACAGCACAUGGAGGUGUUCGAGUGUGGAGCAGGAGGGAUGGACUAAGGCUGGGUUUCAGGAGGAUGUAGACGUUUGGAAACCAGCUGAGGAGAUAGGAAAUCACGGGAUGGAUCCGUGGGGUGUGAUUGGGAAGAUUUCUGGAGAAGCAAAGUGGAUUUGGGAUGAUAGUGAGACGAGAUCAGAUUACAUUAACUCUUACUGCCGUUUUACACGGCCAAUAGUGGAAAAAAUCAAUUCUUCGGCGACGUCGUCGGUUUCGUCAUCAACUUCAACGACGACAACACCAUCUAAAUCAAGUAGUUCAACGACGACAACACCAUCUAUAUCAAGUAGUUCAACGACGAUAACACCAUCUACAUCAAGUACUUCAACAACAACAACACAAUCUACAUCAAGUACUUCAACGACGAUAACGCUACCGAAAAGUUCAUCAACACCUACAUCGUCCUCGUCGUCGAGUAAACCAUUAUCAACACCUACUAGUUCCACCUCCUCAACCGGAGGAAGCUCUCCAGUUUCGUCAAGUUCUUCUCCAAAAACACCGACAGUAGAAACCUCCUCCUCGACUCCGACUUCAUCUAAAUCUUCAACAGCAGCUGAUAGUACCUCUUCUUCAAAAACUUCCUCUGGUACAACGGGUUCAUUGUCAAUGACAUCGAGUACGGCAUCAAGUCCUUCCAGCUCAAUAACGACCCCAACAACAUCAUCUUCAUCGACGUACGAGUCUUCAAGUUCAACGGCGGCUACUUCAUCUAGUAGCAGCUCAUCUUCAUCUACGUCUUCAUUGUCAUCUAUCACAACUGAAAAAUAUGAUGACGAUGAUGAUGAAGAUGAAGAAAAAGAAGGCGAAGACAGUCAGGGUAAGGAAAUCACUGUGGAGGUAUCAAGCAGAGAAGUGCUCCUCAACACACCAACAACACUCACUUGCAAGAUUAAAAGAAUAACCCAGAAAAUGUCCAUUAAAUGGACUGGAUUUGCGGAAGGGGACGAGAGCAAAUAUGUGAAAAGUUCAGGAUCAUACGACCUUGAAUCCAACAGUCAAACAGGAACCCUUACUGUCCAGUCACCUUCCGAUAAAACGUACACUUGUACUGUGUCCUCAAUCCAAAACACUGAAUCAGACAGAAGACAUUUUGAUGUCCACCUUAAUGUUUACGAGGUGAUAGGCCAGGGCGCUGAGGUAAUGUCCGGUACAGCUGCUGCUAUUUCCUGUGUGAUAACAGGAAUUACACACCAAGUAAGUGUGGAAUGGCUGGAUCCUUCAGGCAAUGUUAUCUCAGAUGAUCCUAAAUACACUAUAAACCCUGGUGCUGUGGAUAACAGCAUUCAAACAGCAACUCUGGAGGUGACGGGAGCUGCUGUUACAGAAGACAGCACUUUUACUUGUAGAGUCACAUCUGGACAGUUCCCUCAUUCCCCACCUUCUAACACUGAUGUCCAGAUCACUGUCCACGCUUGUAAUGCGAGUGGUGACAUGGACUUUAAUGAUACAUCAUUUAUAUGUGUCGGUAAAAAUGAUUGUAAUGUAAAAGAACAACUGCCAGACGACUUGGGUAUUGUACUAAAAAAAGAUGUGUGGUACGAUGGAGAAAUUGGUGAAAUCAGUUAUUCCUGUAAAACAGGUUCAAUCAUGACAUGUACCGAGUGGGAGUGUGGAGAUAACAAUCCUCCACUGCUCGUGUCAGAAGUGUCAGGUACCAUGAUAGAGAUUGUGACAACACUGGAAGUUGAAUAA